ACUCACGUAAACGCAAUCCGCCAUCAUCCAGUACAGUAGAUGGCGAUAAUGUUUAUAGGAGUCGGUCGCCUUACAGAAAAUGAAGAAGAACAUACUGUCAGCAGCGAGCAGAGCAGGAAAAUAAAUCCACACAUGCAUUGUUUCUUUUAGAUACAAUGGAAGUAAAAGAGGAACCCCAGGAACUGAUUGAAGUGGACGAGAGACAGCAGGAACCUCAUGAUGUCAUUAAUGAAGAAAAUUAUUUUGAUUGUUUACAAACAUCAACUAAGAAAAGAACCAAAAAUUCUGUUUCCCAUCCAGGUGGUAAAAAAGAACGCCAUAAUGAUGACACGAGCAUUAAAAAUAAAGAGAAGUUUCAUACAUGCCAGCAGUGUGGAAAAGAUUUUAGACAUUCAAGUAACCUUUAUGUACAUUUGAAAACUCACACUGGAGAGAAGAUUUAUCAUUGUCAUCUGUGUGAAAGGACUUUUACACGUAAAGAAACCCUUGAGUCUCACGUAAGAACUCACACUGGAGAGAAACCUUACACUUGUCCUCAAUGUGAUAAGAGUUUUAGAGAAAAAAGACAGCUUAAGAAUCACAUAAGACAUCACACUGGAGAGAAACCUUACACUUGCCCUCAGUGUGAAAAGGGUUUUUCACGAAAAGCAUCACUGGAAGAGCACUUGAGACUUCAUUUAGGAGAUAAACCUUUCAAGUGUCUUCACUGUGGAAAAAGUUACACAAAAGCAUCAAAUCUCAAAGUUCACGAACAAUAUCACACUAAAGAAAGAUUAUUCAACUGUGAUGAGUGUGGGAAAAAAUUUGUUUCACAAUUUUUCCUGAAUAAACACCAAAAACUUCAUGCUAGUGAAAAAACGUACUUGUGUUCGGUUUGUGGAAAGAGUUUUCCACUGAUUGAAUAUUUGAAAAAGCACCAAAGGAUCCAUACCGGAGAAAAACCAUACGAAUGUUCACAUUGUGGAAAGAGAUUUAAUCGUUCGUAUAACUGGAAGAAUCAUCAGAGAGUUCAUACUGGAGAAAAACCGUACAUGUGUUCACAUUGUGGAAUGAAGUUCAAUCAUUUACAUAACUGGAAGAGACAUGAGCAAAAUCAUACUGGAAAGAAAACGUAUCACUGCCCUCAAUGUGGAAAGAGUUUCACCUUUUUAAGUGCUCUAACAAGACAUACAAAUUCAUGUGAGAGAAAGCUGUCACAAACCACAUCCUCAGAUUCAUAACUUUGUUCUGUGGCUGGCAGCGACCGGAUAGCUUCUCCUUGAGUUUCAGAAAUGAGCUUUGGUGCAAUUCACAACCUCACAUAGAUAACGCUAAAACACAUGACACAUUUAAGUCAACAGCAGACCACAUUUUGCAACUUUUUAAUUUUCCUCAUCCUCAUGCAAUCACAGAUGUACUUGACUUCUUUUCUUCAGAUGAACACAAACUAUUUUUAUGUCUGUCCAUUUGGAUGUUAAAACUUCAUUUUAAAAGCAAAUAAAACCUCUCUAGUGGAUUAAUAAAGUUAAUAUCUGCUGAAGAGCAAUGACAGAUUCAAGAUUUUUUUUAAAUAUUUUAAACUUCUAUACCAAAACCAUUUUAGUUUUGAUUUCUGUAAAUAAGCUUGAAGUGUAAACUAUUUAUUUUAGACAACCAUAUGUAUCAUUUUGUUUAAGAAGAGAUUUAUUAAUCCACAUGAAAGGCCUUUAGAAAUGGAUGUUUGAGCUUUUUGGGUAAAGUAAUCCAUCAAUUAUUACUUAUGUGAACUAUUGCAGUUGUAGGGUUUUUCAGGGAUUUGGUAUUUUUCUAACUAGCUUAUAUAGAAAUUGUUUUGAAAUGAUAGAGGAGAGCAGGGGCGAAAGUACAGUUUUUCAGAAAAACUUACUUUUAAAAGCUAAUGUUUUACACAGAGAUAUAUUUUUGCUGUGGUCAAUAACUUACAAUGUGGUCUAUCAAUACCAGGUGCAACUUUGAACAAAUGUAAAAUGACUUCUUCAGUAUAAUUUCACUUUAAAUAUAAGUAGUGAAUUGUUACUUUUGACGAAAGUAACACAACAGAACAAGAUAGAUUUUUGUGUUAUACUUGUUUUUAGUAAAUACACAUGACUAUGACCUUGUUAAUAUGUAGCUGCAAAUAUAUUUUGUCCUUUAUCUUUGUAAUUUCAUUAUUUUUAACAUUUUCAUUUUAAAUUUCAGUUAUAUAAAAUGUUUCAAAAGCUACCGACAAUACAAACUUGAAUUGUUGAGAAUAAAUAAUUUUCGACAGUUUGGGACUGCUUCCUGAGGUUUGGACGUAACUGCAAUCCUAGACCUCGGCAUCAACCUGAUAGUCUCCUGUCCUGACAGAGAUUAUAGAUUAAUGUCAAAAUCCACGACCCCCAAAAGACUUGACUCUUUAAAACUUUAAGACUCUUCUGUAGUUACAUCGUGUACUAAGACUGACAGAAAUUAAAAGUUGUGAUUUUCUAAGCAGAUAUAGCUAUGAACUAUAAUCUCAAACUGGCGUAAUAAUCAAGGACUUGGCUGCAGCAGGCGUAGUGAUAUUACGCGCUGCCCGAAAAUAGUCCCCUUGGUAACUUUCAAUGGCAGGGGACUAUUUUCAGGCACUGCCUUUAGGAUUUACGUAUGAAUGAAGAGAAUAGUGUAAAGGUCAGUGUAGGAGCCAGUAGCUUGCUGCAUUUCAUGGCUUUAAAAGAUCCUAGAUCUGCCACUGAUCCAAAGUAAACGAGAAGUGUUAACAUUGACAACCUGUAAAGCCUUAUAUGCAGAUAAUGGGGCAUAACAUUAAUGUACUGGAGUCCAUAUGCAAAACGCAAUAGAUCAGGUUGGAAAGUGGUCAAUAUAUAACAAAAAAUUUAAUAAAAUAUAUUUGUCCAACUAAAAACAGGUAAAUCCUAAAUUAGAUAUAAAAACUGUUUGGACAGUUACUCAAGAAAAUAAAGGUAAUAAUAGGUGUAUGAUUUAACAAAAGGUCAUAUUUAAAAAAUGGUGGAUAAAUAUAAGCAGGGCCAGAUUUACCUCUUAUUGUGAUAUAGGCAAAUGACAUUUUUCAGCUCCCCAUCACUUAUAUUACUUUGAUGUUAUGUGCCUGUAUUGGAUAAACAGGAAAACGGUUAAUUAAUUCUGCUAAAGCAAAGGUUGCUUCAUUGCGUUUCAAUACUGAUUUGUUAUUUUAACUUUGUUUUGAGCACAUGAUCAAGAUGUUUAUGUGCCUGUUCCAGGUAAAACUGGCCUUAAACAAAUAUUCAACAUACUUUUAGCAUCAAACAUUUUCGUUUUUUUUUUUUUUUUAGAUUUUUUAAUUAGAUUUCAUUGUAAUGCCAUAAUUAUAAUUGAGCUUUAAUUUCAAAAUUUUAAGAAAAUCAAGAUGACCUGACUAAUUUUUGUGAAAUUAGCCUAAAACAAAACACAUACACAAAGCAGUUGAGUGCACUUAAACAGUGCUUUAUCAGACAUGAUAGGUUGAAAAGAAAAUGCCAUCAAGACUUUAAAAUGCCAUUAGAGACAGUUCCCUUCAGAAGCAUUAUACAUACAGCUUUGUGUCUGCAGAACGGCCGAAAUAAAACAAAAAAUGAUUUGCCGAUCGCAUGUUAGGUAGCAAAAUGCACAUAUUCAGGUACCAUGCAUUUUAACUAUGUAGUUUAUUUUGAAUUGUAUUAAUUUAUAUAGUAAUUAUACAAUAAUUUAGCAGUAAUAAAAAAGAUCAAUAUUAUUUUAUUGCAUUCAUGUAAGCAUAUGCAUAAUUCCGCACUGAAUGUAGGAGUGGUUUUGAUGUACUAAUGUGUCUGCCUGUGGGAUGGAUUGAGUUUAAAAAGCCGAGUCUGCCUGCUGAAUAAUAUGUAAUCAAGGCUGUUAUGGUUUUUUGUACAUUUUUUCUUUACUCAUCUUCUUAGUAGCAUUUAUAGUUUGACAUCUCUUUGAGUUUACACCUCAGUCCAGGAGAUGGCGGUAAUGCGCAUUGUUUGCAAACUGCCAAGAAGACGAAGAAGAAGAUGAACAGAAGCAGAGGAGGAAGAUAAAUCUACACACGUGUAUCGAUAUGAUGGAAGUAAAAGAAGAAACUCGGGACCUGAAUGAAGUGGAGGAGAGACAACAGGAACCUCAUGAUGUCAUCACUAAAGAGGAAUAUCCUGAUUGUUUACAAAUCUCAACGAAAAUAAAAGGAACCAAUCAUUCAGUCGGUUCUCAUCACGGUGGAAAGAGUUUCACAAGAAACGGACAUCAUUGGGAAGAAAUGAGCAUUGACGAUAAGGAGAGACGUCACACUUGCCAGCAGUGUGGAAAGAGUUAUGCAUUUAGGAGUAAACUUAGGACACAUUUGAAAACUCACACUGGAGAGAGGCCGUACAAAUGCACAGAGUGUGAAAAAAGUUUUGUAUGUGCAAAAACACUUCAGAAUCAUCUAAGGAUUCACACUGGAGAGAAGCCUUUCACUUGCACUCAGUGUGGAAAGAGUUAUGCAUUAAGAGGUUCCCUUAGGGCACACGUGAAAACUCACACUGGAGAGAAGUCAUACAAAUGCACACAGUGUGAAAAAAUGUUUGUAUGUGCCAGAAGACUUCAGAAUCAUCUAAGGAUUCACACUGGAGAGAAGCCUUACACCUGCACUCAGUGUGGAAAGAGUUAUGCAUUAAGGGGUUCCUUUAGGACACACGUGCAAACUCACACUGGAGAGAGGCCAUACAAAUGCACACAGUGUAAAAAACGUUUUAUAUGUGCAAGAAUACUUGACAAUCAUCUAAGGAUUCACACUGGAGAGAAGCCUUUCACCUGCCCUCAGUGUGGGAAGAGUUAUGCAUUUAGGUGUUCCCUUAGGAUACACUUGAGAAAUCACACUGGAGAGAGGCCAUACAAAUGCACUCAGUGUGGAAAAAGUUUUUCACGUGCUGAAACACUUAAGGAUCAUCUAAUGAUUCACACUGGAGGAAAACCUCACACCUGCCCUCAGUGUGGAAAGAGUUUUGCACUAAAAUCAAACCUUAGGGUUCACGAAAGAUCUCAUGCCAAAGAAAAGCUAUACACCUGCCCUCAGUGUGAAAUGAGUUUCAUAAAGAAACAACAACUUAAGUCCCACAUAAAAAUUCACACUGGCGAGAGACCUUUUAUUUGCCCUCAGUGUGAAAAGAGUUUCAUAACGAAACAACAACUUACGUCCCACAUAAAAAUUCACACUCGUGAGAAACAUUUUAUUUGCCCUCAGUGUGAAAUGAGUUUCAUAACGAAACAACAACUUACGUCCCACAUAUUAAUUCACACUGGUCUAAAACCUUUCACCUGCUCUCAGUGUGCAAAGAGUUUUGCAAGCAAAACAAGCCUUAUGGCUCACGAAAGAAUUCACACCUGGGACAAGCCUUUCACCUGCCUUCAGUGUGGAAAGGUUUUUGUGCAAUUAUCAAACCUUAGCUCUCACAAAAGGAUUCACACCGGAGACAAGCCUUUCACUUGCCCUCAGUGUGGAAAGGCUUGUGCGCAAUUAUCAAACCUUAGGACUAAUGAAAGGAUUCACACCGGAGAAUAAACAUACACAAGCCUCUCUGUGGUGGAUUUACUUCAAUGCUUAAGGUCAUUGUCCUGCUGCAUCAACCACCUUCUACUGAGCCUCAACUGGUGAAGACUGACAUUAUCAUGUAGGAUAUUUUGUUAAACUCGGGAAUUCAUUUCCCCCUCGAUGAUGGCAAGUGGUCCAGGCCCUGAGGCAGCAAAGCAUGCUCGAAUCAUGAUGUUCUCUCCACCAUACUUCACUGUUGGGAUGAUGUUUGUAAGCUGUGCCCUUUUUGCACCAAAGUAUUUUUCCAAACAAUUAAACUUUUAUUUCAUCAGUGUAUAAAAUAGUUUCCCAGUAGCACUGGGGUUUGCCAAGGUGUUCUUUUGCAAACUUCAGGCUCACCGCAAUGUUUUUCGGGAGUUAUGGUAGGCUUCCUCCAUGGUGUUCUGCCAUAGACACUGUGCCUGUUCCAAGACUUUUGUAUGGUAGACUCAUGAACAGAAAUGGGUGCCAGUUCCAAUUAUCUUUUCAAACCUUUAGCUGAUACUUGUUGAUUCUUCUUUACUUCAUUGAGUAUUCUGGGUUGUGCCCUAUGAGUCAUCUUGGAUGUGCACCCAGGAAGGUUAGCUGCAGUAUUAAACUGUCUCCAUUUAUAGACAAUUUGUCUAACUGUUAACUAAUAGAUGUCUAAACUUUUUGGGGUGGUUUCCUGGACAGGAAUUAGACUAGUCCUUGACUAAAGUAAGUGUAAGAGCUGUCCGAACUGAAAACAACUUGCACUGACAUAUUUUACAACUAGUUAUAUUUCCUAAUUAAACUAGGCCUAGUCCUAGCUUAAGCUAAUCACUGUCAGGGAAACCACCCCAUAGAGAUUGUUUUGUAUCCCUUUUCAGCCUUAUUGCACUCUAACUCUUGAUCAGAUAUCUUUAAAGAGGCAUGGUUCAGAGCUGAUGCUUCUUAAGAACAGCAAUCUUAAAAUGUUUGAGUGUCUUUUAAUCAAUUAAAGUAGCACUAAACCACACCUUUGAACUCAUUUUAUUAAUUGGACUUCAGUUUGCCAGCUUCUGACACAAAUUAGCUUUCAUUAAAAUAAUUAGUCUAUGGGUUCACUCGUUACUCAUUUGUUUGUGACAAGCAGAUAUAGAAACACCUCUUUUAAAAGAGACAAGUGACACCCAGUGACAAAGUCGCUUAUAAUGUGAAUGUACUUUAAGCCUCAUUCACAUUAACAGCAAUUAGCAGUAGCCAAGCAACACAUUAGCUUUACCGAAUCUUUCCGAUAACGUACGAAAAAAUGAAGAAGGAGGAGUUAUAACACGGGAGGAGCGAGUACGAGUCAUGCAACACUAUACAACACUGUUUUAACUUAUGAUUCACUACAUGUUCGUGUCAUUUAUAUAAUAUGCACGCGCCUAUUUCCAACAUAAGACAGAAGUCUUACUUACCACGUGUAACUCGUCAUGACCCGGUUCUGAAAAUCCACCGCAUCAAACGCACACGCAAAACUCCGCUGCUAAUCCAAAAAAUAAACUAUAUCCAUUGUUUCCAUAAGGCUGGAUGUCUUCUCCUUACAUCCAAAAACACACUUCUUGUUGUGCCAUUGUUGACUUUUGAAAUUAAACAAAGCUGAGUGGCGUGAUAAGCUGUUAGCAGCUCUAGCGUCUCCCGCUGACUGACGGCUGGGCGGGGUUUUCCGGGGAAAGUUUUCCGGCGGAAGCCCAUAUAAAGAAGUGAUACGUAUCGAAAACCCCUGAAACGUCAGUUAGAACCGUAAUCGAAAAAAACUAGCCGAAACUUGUACGAACCCUGGCGAAGUGCAUUCGGCACAGAAAUACUCUGAAACACGCCCAACUGCAUUUUUGACACUUUGCCUACGUUUAGCAUGAGGAAACAACUCUAUAACUGUGUUAAUAAGUCAGAAUGCUUGAAAUUCCAUUAAACCCCCCCUUUAAGACAUUUGACAAAUUAGGUUUGCGGUUUACAGAAAAUGAUAUUUUUUUCUAUAUAACAAAUAGAUUGUUAUUAAAUACAUUUAUAACAAUUUAUUCUUUAUUUUCAUUAUUAUGACAAUGGAAGUAAAAGAAGAACCUCAGGAACUGUUUGAAAUGGUGGAGAGACAACAGGAACUUAAUGAAGUCAUCACUGAAGAAAAAUCAUCUGAUCGCUUACAAACAUCAACUAAUAAAAGAGAAACCAAACAUUCAGUCGGUUCCCAUCAGAAUAAAAACAGUUCCACAGAUAAAAGACACUACAACAAUAUCAAUUAAGAGAGACGUCACACAUGCCAAAAGUGUGGAAAGGGUUUUACGCAUAAAGGUAACCUUAAGAAACAUUUAAGAAUACACACCGGAGAGAGGCCGUACAAAUGCACUCAGUGUGAAAAGAGUUUUACUCAGAAAGGGAGCCUUGAGUUUCAUUUAAGGAUUCACACUGGAGAGAGACCUUACACCUGCCCUCAAUGUGACAAGAGUUUCACACUUAAAGGACAUCUUAAGGACUCACACUGGUGGGACACCAUUCACCUGCGCUCAGUGUGGAAUGAGUUUUACACUGAAAGAUCAUCUUAAGAUUCACAUAUCAAUUCACAACGAAGAGAAAUCUUUUGUUUGUCCUCAUUGUGGAAUGAGUUUUAGACAGAAAAGACAGCUUAAGAGUCACUUAGCAGUUCACACCAGUGUGAAACCUUUUAUUUGCUUAAAUUGUGGAAAAGGUUAUUUACGAAAAACACUCCUGGAAGAACACUUAAGAAUUCAUUCAGGAGAGAAACCUUUCACGUGUCCUCAAUGUGGAAAGAGUUUCACAAAAGCCUCAAAUCUCAAAGUUCACCAGCGCACUCAUUCUGAAGAGAAAUCAUUCAGCUGUGAGAAGUGUGGAAAAGUAUUUGUUUCAGCAUUGCUUCUGAAAAGAGAAUUCAUCCCCUUUAUGUCAUGUUCACUAUGAGCCAAGUGGCUACGACAAGAUUGACACUACAGAAUGUACCAAAGAAAGCAUCAAAUAAAUUAUUUUCCAUCUGUGCUCGGGUUCUUCUUCUGAACUGUCCAAGUGAUCAUCCUCUGGUCUGGCAUAUCAUCCAGAGAUCACUGUCCUGUAUUAUUCCUAACAGCAAGUCACUUUAUUCCUCAAUUUUGUCUUUAUUUGGUUGUCCUGGUCCACCACCAGUAGUAAAUCGCUGUCUUCUGAUCUCUGUCUUUUAUAAGUCAACUUAAUGUUCUUUCACAUUGUAUACUCAGGGAAAUAUAUUCAUUAUUAAUGUUUUAUAUAACAUUAUAAAUGUUACAAAUAUAUGAUUGUGACCCUGCCUGUGAAAGCCAAGCUAGUCAAAAAUAGUUUUGCACAUAAAAUCAUCCGACAUAUUGUCAAGAACAUUUAUGAAAAUCUAAUCUUGAUAUCUUUAAUAUCAUGUGAAAGAUUGAAAUGAUAGGUCAAAUCAAACGUUGAUGCUUGUUAUCACCGGAUUUUGUCGACAGGGCACAUAUGGGAAUUAUGCAAUAAUAGUAAUAAAGACAUCUCACCUGGUUUUAUUUGCAUUUAAUUCAUUGCAAAUUAAAAUCCAAGUACUUUUUAUCUUUUA